GGCCGAAUGUGACCCGUGCGGGAGAUGGCCAAGGUCAACACCCAGUGCUCCCAGCCCUCCCUGGCCUCGGACAGAGACCCCGAUCGCGUAGAGAACGGCCUCGGCAGGGUGUCGCGCCUCAUCAUCUCACUUCGUGCGUGGGCUAAUAGGCACUCACACCACGAAGGUCAGAGACCUGACUCCUUUUUGGAUCGUUUUCAUGGAGCUGAGCUUAAGGAGGUGUCCAGCCGGGAAAGCAAUGUCCAGCCUGACCCAGGAGGACAGGAACCACCAGACGGAGGGAAAGGGAGGAAGAAGGACGCCAUCGUGGUGGACCCCUCCAGCACCAUCUACUACCGCUGGCUGACCGUCAUCGCCCUGCCGGUCUUCUAUAACUGGUGUCUGCUUGUGUGCAGGGCCUGUUUUGAUGAGCUUCAGUCAGAGCACCUGAUGCUGUGGCUGGUCCUGGACUACUCCGCAGAUGUCCUUUACGUUGUAGACAUGCUGGUUCGAGCCCGCACAGGUUUCCUUGAGCAAGGCUUAAUGGUCAGGGAUACCCAGAGGCUGUGGAAGCAUUACACAAAGACGGUGCACUUCACGCUAGACGGCCUGUCUCUCAUCCCCACAGACCUGGCUUAUUUGAAGGUGGGCAUAAACUACCCGGAACUGAGGUUCAACCGUCUGCUGAAGUUCUCUCGGCUCUUUGAAUUCUUUGACCGCACGGAGACAAGGACCAACUACCCCAAUAUGUUCAGGAUAGGGAACUUGGUGCUGUACAUCCUCAUCAUCAUCCACUGGAAUGCCUGCAUCUACUUUGCCAUCUCCAAGUUCAUUGGUUUUGGCACAGACACCUGGGUCUAUCCAAACAUCUCCAAGCCGGAGUACGGGCGUCUCUCCAGGAAGUACAUUUACAGUCUCUACUGGUCCACCUUGACGCUGACCACCAUUGGUGAGACCCCGCCCCCCGUGAAAGAUGAGGAGUAUCUCUUUGUGGUCGUAGACUUCCUGGUGGGCGUUCUGAUCUUUGCCACGAUCGUAGGCAACGUGGGCGCCAUGAUUUCCAACAUGAAUGCCUCAAGAGCAGAGUUCCAGGCCAAGAUCGACUCCAUCAAGCAGUACAUGCAGUUCCGGAAGGUCACCAAGGACUUGGAGACUCGGGUCAUCCGGUGGUUUGACUAUCUGUGGGCUAACCGGAAGACGGUGGAUGAAAAGGAAGUGCUCAAGAACCUCCCGGACAAGCUGAAGGCCGAGAUCGCCAUCAACGUGCACCUGGACACGCUGAAGAAAGUCCGGAUCUUCCAGGACUGCGAGGCCGGGCUGCUGGUGGAGCUGGUGCUGAAGCUUCGGCCCGCAGUAUUCAGCCCCGGGGACUACAUCUGCCGGAAGGGAGACAUCGGCAGGGAGAUGUACAUCAUCAAGGAGGGCAAGCUGGCUGUGGUGGCCGACGACGGCGUCACCCAGUUUGUGGUCCUCAGCGACGGCAGUUACUUUGGGGAGAUCAGCAUCUUAAACAUUAAGGGGAGCAAGUCGGGGAACCGCAGGACCGCCAACAUCAGGAGCAUCGGCUACUCAGACCUGUUCUGCCUGUCCAAGGACGACCUGAUGGAGGCCCUCACUGAGUACCCAGACGCUAAGGAGGCCCUGGAGGAGAAGGGUCGGCAGAUUCUGAUGAAGGACAACCUAAUUGACGAGGACCUGCUCCGGGCCAGGACAGACACCAGGGACGUUGAGGAGAAGGUGGAGCACCUGGAGUCCUCCCUGGACGCCCUGCAGACCAGGUUCGCACGGCUCCUGGCUGAGUACAGCGCCUCGCAGAUGAAGCUGAAACAGCGUCUCAGCCAGCUGGAGAGCCGUAUGCGCGCCAGGGGUCCCGGCUCCUCCCCCGACCGGGAGACUUCCGGCGAUGAUUCAAAGGCGGAGUGAGAACGCAGGUGGCUGCCUGCCUCCUGCACCCGGGGGCCAGCUCUCAGUGAGACGCUAUCGACAGCCUCGAGCACAGGGCUUGGCUGCUGUUUUACCUCAGCCUUAUUCACCCUUGGCAAGUGGUGUGACAGCGAGAGAGAGCCCUGGUUUCCUCGCCUGGGAAGUGGGACCCAGGACCGCCGGCUCCUCGAAGUUCCAGAUCAUUGUGAGGUCUACAUAAUGCAUGGCAAGGGAUGGGGCUUUGGAAAGCUGAAGUGCUCGCAAUCGGGUGUAUGAAAGUGUUGUGCGGGAUUCUAACAUUUUUGAUUGCGUUUUUAUGUGGGGACGUGCAGUUGCCUGUGGAGGCCAGGCGCGGGUGUUGGAUUCUCUGGCCUGGAGUUGUAAGCUGCCCAGUGUGGGUGCUGGGAUCCUGUCUUCAGUAGGGUUGCUAUUGCUUUGAUGAAAUGCCAUAACCAAAGGAAGUCGGGGAGGAAAAGGUUUAUUUGGCUUGCACUUCCACAUUGUAGCCCAUCACUGAAGGAAGUCAGUGCAGGAACUCAAACAGGGCAGGAUCCUGGAGCUGAUCCAGAGGCCGUGAAAGCUUACUAGCUUGAUCCCCAUGGCUUGCUCAGGCUGUUUUCCUAUAUAACCCAGGACGACCAGCCUAGGGAUGGCUCCACCCACAAUAGGCGGGCCCUCCUGCAUCCAUCAUUAAUUAAGAAGAUGCUCUUCAGCUUGCCCACAGCUGGGUCUUAGGCGUUUUCUCAGUUGAGAUUCUCUCCUCUCAGAUGACCCUAGCUUGUGUCAAGUUGGCCUACAAACCAACCAGCACAGAUCCAGACUUGCAGCCCUUCCCAUAUUUAUUGAGGGGCAGGUCCUGCUGGGCUACCUGGUCCACCCUUCAGCAUCUGUGCCCAUGCUCCCACGCCAGCCUCCCAAGUAGCAGGGACCACGGUUGUUCACCACUGUUCCCAGCCCAGUUAGUUUUUAUGUGGAAUCAGUGAGCUGUUUAAGCCUCUUAGCCUAGCUUUCUUAUAAAUGAACAUUUAUUUCAUCUCCUCCCUCCUUCUCACUCCAUCACCACCUAACUGUGAAAAUGCAAAAGGAUCUAGGGAUGUAAGUCAGUGGUAAACCACCUCCCUGGUGCCUGCAAGGCUCUGGGUUCAGCCCCUAGGGCCUCCAAAAACAAACAGCAGCAGCAGGCCAAGAACACAGCGGGAAGCUGCGAACACAAACUUGGAACUUCAGGGCAGCUUUACACAGGUCCCUGAGCCUGGCCUCUCCCCACAGGUGUAGUUCCUGGGAAUGUUGACUUUGUAGUCUCACAGCGCUGUGAACCAGAGAUUGCCCUCAAGUCAGGGAAGCGAUUGGUUGGCUCCCUGCCGGGCAGCCACUAUGACAUCUGUCUACUUGCUGGGAUGGCAAUGUCUCUUCUCUUCUUAUUUGCCAAUGGAUUCCAAGACAACCUCCCUCCUCGUCCUAGAAGUCAGACCUUUGAGUAAGGACUUCUUCUGGACACCAUGAUACAGAGGGUGGGGGAGUCCUAGGAGUUGGCAAGCACUGAGAUUUGGACAGUCUUUGAAAGGGGGCAUUGCAAGGUAAGUCUGCUCCUGGAGUCUAAAGUGGCAGCUAGGUCCGACCAUUGCCACAAGAGUGCCUGCUUCUGCAAGAGCCACAUAGCUCCCGCUCCCCACCCAUUCUAGCUCUAAGUGGAGAACUGUGUUUAAGUAGAAACUCCUAGGUGGAAGGGUGGGACAGUGGCCUAAGUCCUAAGAGCAGGCAGCUAAGGCUGGAGAGAUGAUUCCGUGGUUAAGAGCACUGGCUGCUUCUCCAGAGGACCUGAGUUUGAUUCCCAGCACCCAAAUGGUACCUUGCCACCAUCUGUAACUCCAGAUCCUGGGUAUCCAGUGCUCUCCUCUAGCUCCCAUAGACACUAGGAACACAGACAUACAGGCAGGCAAAACACAUAAGAUAAAUUUUUUUAAGCUGAAAAGUGGAACUUUAAAGCUGAGACUCAUGUCCUUGUGACCUGCGCCUUUACCCUGAAGAGACUGCAAGUCCUGUGGAGCUGCCUCCUUAGGCAAAAGCUCUUAGCUAGCUGAAAUCUUUCCCAUCGCAAGAACUAUUUUUUUAACUAGCAACGGGCAUUCUAUUCACAUAUUUGCACUUGGGUCCUAUGACUGUAAACCGAGACUUUGGUGUUCCCCCCUUCAUCUAAGCGCAUGUUGGAAGUUCUUGCUUCCCUUCCCAUCCUUAUUCCGUCCUUCUCUUUCCUUUCUUCCCUUUUCAUCCUUCUUUUGUCUUUCCUCUUCCUUCUCCUUCUUUCUUUCUACCAAACAAAAAUUUCCCAAUCCUCAUUUUGACAAUGUUGACAUCUCAGUGGCCAGAUGUUGUAAUCUAUGAUUGAGUCCUAAUGGAGUUCAUACGAAAGACGCUCUAUGUUCAGUUAUGCAUUUGGGUUUCUUCUUGUGGAUCACAUGACCAUUUCUUGUGGGUCACCUGAUGUAUAAUGCUUUUAAAUGGUUAGAAGUUCUAUUAAAGAGCAUAGAUUCAAUUUUAUCUCAUCAGCAACAAUGUAAUCAGUGAUGUAAUGUAUUUUAUAACAGUUAAUAUUUAUAACAAUGAAUAUAUUUUAAUGGCUUUAGCUAUCAAUUAUGUAUGCAUCCAUGUUUAUGUAGCAUACUUACCUGUUCUAAUGACUCCUGGUUCAGCUUUUGUCAUAAGGGACUAUUCAUCACCAGGACACAUUCCUAAGGCAAAGGCUUCCCUGGAAAGAUCAGAGACAAUGAACAAGGGACGGCAUAUGUUCCAUGGAAGAGACAUACACAGCCAGAAGCAGAAGAGACAAUGACCCGGGUACCCAGAGACAUGCACAAAUAUUUACAGUGGCACAGGUUCUAAAAUACAACAGAAAAGAACGAGCUAAUGGACAGCAUGGACAAAGGAAAAAUACAUGACACAAUAAAUCCUAGCAAAGAGAAUGUAUUGGAGGAAACUGACUAUGUGGACAGACUGAAGCAGCAGGAAUGGGUGCUAAGUGCUUAAGGAGCUGUCUACCCCCAGGCCAGGAGCUAAAAGAAGCAAGGCGCUCAGAGGGGUUGCCCCAGCAACUAGAGUUCACACCUUUGUGGGUGAGUUACUGUUGGCCAUUACUGAGAAUCCAGGAACUUAGGGGCAUCUGUAAGCAAAGGGAUGCUGGCACUAUUUAGGGAGUGGCGUUGCUCUGUGGGUUAGGUUCCGCAGUCUGAAAAUGAAGCUAGGAGGAGCCACCUCGACCAGAUAAAGCAGCGGCUGCUGCCCUGCACCUGGUGGUACUUAGGCUCCAUGAUCAGAGAAUCAUGCAGACAAGCAGAAGAAGGCUCAUUCUCCCCUCCGCCUGCCUCCCAGUCUCCCCCAGGCGCCUCUUAGAGAAAGUUCUAGAAGAAUGAGGACCGUGAGAAGAACUUUAAGUUUGACUGACAAUAUCUUCCACAUACUUAAGGUCCCACCUUCCAUGGACCUGGAACACAUCCAAAAUAAAUAAGUCAGCAGUCAAGCUAUUCACGUAAAACAUGUACACAAAGGUUUGUAGUAGCUCUACUUAUAAACACCAUGCGCAACCCUGUUGCCACUCAACAGGUGGAGGGCAAAAACAUAUCCAAAUAAUCCAGUGCUGCUCAGCAACAGGAAUGAACAAGUUGUCAUGCUGGUUCAUGCCAAACCAUUCUGUUUGACAUGGCAUUCUAGAGAAAGUAAAACAAGAAGAUGGAAAGGAUCGCAGUGGUUGUCAGUAGCUGGGAGAGGCUGAGCAGGUGGUUACAAAGAGCCAAUUCCUACGGUGACGUAUUUUUUAUGGUUCCUGGACUCCCAUAGCUACACAUCUUAAAGAGUCAGCUUGAAGCCAGGUGUAAUGGCAUACACCUGUAAUCCCAGCACCUCAGAGAUAGAGGCAGAAAGAUCAGAAGUUCAAGUCCACCCUCAGCUACACACAGAAUUUGAGAGUAGCCUGAGCUACAUGAGACCCUUUCUCAUGUAGAGUAAACUUUAGAGAAAACAAAGUUUUCAAUAUCAAGGAGGAGGUAGGGAAAUGCCAGGAAGCAGAGAAGAUUCUGACAAAUGACUGACUGUAUUAUAGACACAGGACCAGAUUCUAACAAAUGACUGACUGUGUUAUAAACACAGGGCCUAAUCUUAUUGAAGCUACAGGGAAGCGGAGAAGAUUCUAACAAAUGACUGACUGUAUUAUAAACAAAGGGUCUAAUCUUAUUGAAGCUACAGGGCAAAGUGAAAGCUAAGUAUCUUUUGUAACUGUAAGGUAAGGCUGAAGACAGAGGAAGUGUCAUGAGCACUCUCGUUGUAAAUUCUUUAACAUGGGGGUAUUGGUGAGUAAUUCUGAACUCACAUAUAUACAGUGUGUGGGUGAGUGGGUAGAUGGAAGGAUGGUAAAACAAGCGUACCAUGGAGAGAGAAGUUUCAAAUAAGUAAGGAGAGGCCUUAGUUUUAUUUCUAUUGCUGCAAUAAAAUGCUCUGACAAAAAGGUGACUUAAAGGAGAAGGGUUUAUCUCAGCUUGCUAUUCCAGAUUACAGUCGAGGCAGGAACUUCAAACAGCCAAAAGCAGAGAGAAAUGGAUGCUUUCACGUGUCCUUGCUUGCUUGGCCUCAGUUCUACUCACACAGUUCAGAUUCCCUGCCUGGGGAAUGGUGCGCCCCACAGUGGGCCGAGUCCUCCCGCAUCAGUCAACCAAGACAGCCCCAGACAGACCACGGACCAAUGCGAUGUAGACAGUCCUUCACUGAACCUCUCCAAGGUGAUUCUACUUUGUGUCAAGUUGACAGAGCCAACCAUCACAGGGGACAAGAACAAACCCCGUGGUAUAAAUUUGUUUUUCUAUAUAGACAGAUUGCAGAGAUCAGUGUGUGUGUGUGUGUACGCACGCACACGCACGCUUGUGCAUGUGUGUGCACGCACAUAGAUACACCCUUAGCUCUGACUAAUAUAUUUUUCAAAGAACACAGUAAACACCCAUCUUGGUAUCUAAAUAUCUUUCUCCAAUAGAAGGAACCAAGAUGACUCUAAGGCUGCAGCAGAGAAAAUAAACCACAUGCCUGGACUAUCUUGUGGUGCUAGAAAGUGCUGGAAAAACACAAAUGAGUAUGUCAAAGGGACACAAAAAUGAUUCGAAAAGAGAUUCCCAGUGGCUAAAAUGAAGACCAUCUAGCAACAUUAAAACAAACAAAAAAACAAACAAAAAACAAAUAUUAGUUUCUAAUCUAAACUAUAAUGUGAAGGUCAUUGAGUCUGUACUCAUGCUAUAAAUAAAUGACUGAAAAUGGAAAUAAAUAAAUUUAUAAAUAAGCUAAUAAGAGAGAAGGGACAGCUAUGCUUACAAAAGAAUUCCAGGAAUUACCUAUGACUUAUUUGACAUUCCCUUUAUUUAGUGUCGACACAGCCAUGAUUACAUAUCUUAGAACCAAACCUGGAGCCAAGUUUCUAUGUUUUAAUAGCGUUUGGUAGGAUUAAAUGCAUCAGUCUUUGAUUAUUACCAUUUCUGGUAUCUGUGUCAUCUCGAAGUCCUUCCAUUUGAGAGAUGUAGAUAUUUACCCACACAUACCUUUGUUACUUUUUAUAGUGCCAUCUCAGAUCAAAAUAUUUGGCCUAAUUUUUUUUCCUAGAUCUAUUUGGAAAGACUACUUUCAGGUGGAAGUGGUUGAGAGAUGAUGCAGCCACAAGGGUUCGGGAAAUGUUUAAUUGCUGGGUGACAUCUGUACAGGGAAGCAGCCAGGUCCUACGCCAGGAGCUUGACAGAUAUUUACAUAUGGACAUGUGCUCACUGCCCAGAUCAUGGUGGCACAACUCCAGCAAUGCAGAUGACUCCCCUGUGUCUUCUUGCAGACACUAGCACACUCUAAAGUUAACCGUGUUUUUGUCCCAAUCUCUAUAUACUAGUUUUGGCCAUUUUUGAAUUCCAUACAAGUGGAGUCAUGGUUUUUGAGACCCAUCUGUGAUUCUCACCAUGAAGGAGAAGUCUGUGGCAGUCUCAUGGCGUUGAACGCAGCAGGAAUUGUCUGUUCUGGUAUUGGUUAUGGGUAUUCCUGUUCAUAACUAUUCUUAGAAACAUUGCCGUAAACAUUUUGUAGAUGUCCUUGAGGGAAUCCAUGUGCUAAUUUUAUUGGGCAAGCAUUUGAUUAUUUUAUCUCAUGUUGUCUGUCAAAGAGAUUAGAGUGUUUUUGAGUAAAGCCUUUCAGAAGUUCAGGGUUCAUUGUGACUCCAGAGGAUUUUUAUCACUGCUGGGAGGAGUUGGUUGGUUCCAGUGGUCAUCUUGACACAACUCAGAACCACCUGGCAGAAAAGUCUGGAUGAGGGAUCACCUACACUGGGUUGGCUUGUAGGCGUGUGAGGAUCGUCUGUGGAAAGACGGUCGUGGUUGAUUGAGAUAAUUGAUUUGGGAAGAUCUAGCCCACUGUAGGUGCCAUGAUUAAAGCAAGCAGCAGAAUCCCCUUACCCAGCAGCAGACAAGGAAUCGUGCUCUGAGUGCCAAGGAACCAGACAACAGAGCGGAAUGAAGUGAUUGGACCCUGUGAUGGUUAGAAUGAGAGCUGUCCCCGUACUCAGGCAUUUGAACACUGGGUCCCCAGCUGGUGGCUCUGUUUGGGGAAGCAUAGGUGUUGCAGCCUUGCUGGAGGAAGUAUGUCACUAAGGCCCAGCUUUGACAUGACAAGCCUCAUGUCACUGCCAGUUUGCUUUCUCUGCCUUGUACCUGGGGUUCAAGACGUGAGCUCUCAGCUUCCAGCUUCUGCCACCCCAUGCUGCUAGCCGGCACAGUUCUCUGCAACGGUGGAUGCUUAAUGCCUCUGGAAGCCUCAGCCCAAAUAAAGCCUUUCUUCUGUAAGUUGACUUGGCCGUGGUGUGUUAGAAGUAACUAAUACAGAGCCCUUACUGUGCUGACAUUGACAUGGAGGUGCAAGAGCCCCUCUUUAGAUUCCAGCAUGUCUCAGUACUCCUUCCCAAUUGCCUCAUCCCCUGAGAUGUGGGGUUAUAGCACACAGGACAUUGGAGAAUGGUUAAGGUUCUUACACUCUGCACCCGGAUCAGAUGCCUGCCCAAGGCCUUUUGCCGUUACUUGUACCCACAGGUCUCAGUCUCCUGAAACAGUGAGCUGAAAGGAGCCUUCCAAACCACCUUACCCUUGUCCCCACAGAAUACCAUGCAAGCUACACUAGCCCUUUGCUCGGGACUUUAGGAAGAGAAGCCUCACACCAGUUUACGGGGGGAAAGUGCCUCUGAUUCUUCACCUCUGAUGAUCUGUCUUCAUUACCAGCUUUAUGGGAUUGAUCUGGAAUCAAUCAGUUGAUCUGGGAUCAAUGAAGAGACACAACUGUGGGGGGACCUGUCUUUUUCCAGGAAGAAUUAGCUAAGUGAGGGGAGAAGACUGUCCCAUAGGGAGGAUAGUACUUCCUAAGGGACGGUCCAUGUAUAAAGUGUAGGGGGAUCUUGCCUGCCUGCCUGCCUGCUUUCCAUUCUUGCUGGUAUGUGCAUCUGCUCCUGCUGACACUGCUGCUUCUGCUGCCCCUCCCCCCUCCUCUGCAGGUACCAGACUCCAGCUUCUCUGGCUUUCCAGUGUGGGCUGAAUACCAGCAGCUCUCCGGGGAGCUUUCUGGGCUUCCAUGCCCGAUUAGGACUGCUGAGGCCUCCGGCUUCCUGGGCUGAGACAGAAGCUAAGAGAUUCUCAGCCUCUGCAGCAUGCAGAUGGCCAGUGUUAGACUGACCAGUGAGACAGAGAGAGAGAGUGUGUGUGUGUGUUAGUGUAUUAUAUAUUCCAGCAGUGCAGUUCCUCUAGACAGCCUUGCCUAAUACAUUUUCCUCCACAGAGGUUGCUAAAAUCUCUGUUCCUUGGCAUCCCUCAUUGGCUGCCAGCAGACGAAACGCAUUAGUGAAUUGUAAAUCACAGUCACGAAGCUGGUGCUGGCUGCCAGGUUGAACAGAUCCCAGCGCUGGGCGGCAGAUGUAGGGUAAGGUUCUCACUCUGCCACCAUGCAGUGAGGAUGCGCCAGGCUGGCACGGACCGGGCACGGCUUUGGGUUUUGUCUUCCCCUGGAUGUCAGAGUUCUUCAGCCUCCACACAGAGCCCGGGGGUUGGGGAGGUACUUUUGUUGCAUCACCUGUCCUAAAAGGGAUACUCACCGUUUUUGACACUGCUUCACACAAUGGGGUGGUACAAUGGGGCCGCCAUAUUUUUUCGGCUCGCUAACUGUACCACACAAUAGUCGUGCCCAUAAAAGUUUUCUAUCUAAGAGGAAUAUUGGGUGCCAUCAAGUUUACCAGUAGGAAAUCUUUCAAUUGUUCGUUUCAUCUAGUCCGGGAUGACGUUAGAAACAGCGUAGCUAGUGUCCCUUCCUGUGGGGCAGACUGUUUGGUCUUUGGCUCGGAGCCAGGGGAGAAGUUAGCCUCUCUUUAGGGACCAUGUUUGUUCAAGAAUGCCGUCUACUGUGUGCUCUAGCGGGGCACCUCCACCAAGCACGCCUCUGAAAGGAUUGUUCUAUUGUUUUGAUUAUGCCAACAUUCCAGCAGAUGGCAGUAGAGGGUCCUGUUCCAAUAAGUGAU